GGCAUUUCGGGCUACUGGAGGCUGAUUCGCCCAAUAAUACAAACAAGCCGCUUGACAUAGUGGAAUCGGUUGAACAUGGGAAAACCCGCUUGCUUAUGAAUGAAUUAACACAUAUUCAGCCUCAAUGAAUGCACGCUUUUAUAAUUUCCUCACUCUUCUGGAAGUGUCAGUAUUUAUUUGCGCAUGAACUGGGAUAAAAUAUUCAGCACGCGUGUUAAAUAGCUUAUCCUGCAACAGGAAACACAGCAACACUCCAGUAUGGCGGAGAGUAUGAUGAGUAAAGCAGCCACUAUGGAGAUUCCUAUUAACAGCAAUGGGGACUCUAGGAAUCUGGCAGAAGAUGACAGCCUGGAACAGGCUGCAAAGAUUCAGUGGAGCUUAAGAGAGAAGGUAGGGAGUCCCGCAGCCCUCAGGGACUUGCAACAGGUCAUGGUGUCUGGACCCAACCUAAAUGAAACCAGCAUCGUAUCAGGUGGUUAUGGAGGUACGACGGAAGGCAUUAUUCCAACCAGCUCUAUCAAAGGCCCUGCAAUCCAUCUUAACACUGACUUUCCAGGCAACAGACGCAUUCCAAAUGAAGGGCAAGGGUCCAACAUGCAUCACACCAGUAGCAAUUCCUCCAUGACAGCAGAAGAGGCCACAAGAGGCGUUGCUGUGGAGAAAUUUGACAUCGUGAAGAAAUGGGGUCUGAACACAUACAAGUGCACCAAACAGAUGAUCUCUGAGAGGUUUGGCCGAGGCUCACGCACUGUGGAUUUGGAGCUGGAGGCUCAGAUCGAGGUUCUGCGGGAAACCAAACGGAAGUACGAGAUUGUGUUGAAUUUAGCGCGAGCGCUAACCAACCACUUUUACAGCAUGGUGCAGACGCAGCACGCCCUUGGAGACACUUUUGCCGACCUCAGUCAGAAGUCUCCAGAACUCCGGGAUGAGUUCGGAUACAAUGCAGAAACACAGAAGUUGUUGUGCAAGAAUGGAGAGACUCUGCUCGGUGCCAUCAACUUCUUUGUGUCCAGUAUCAACACACUGGUGAACAAAACGAUGGAAGACACACUGAUGACUAUCAAGAUGUAUGAGAAUGCCAGGCUAGAGUUUGAUGCGUACAGAGCAGAUCUAGAGGAGUUGAACUUGGGCCCGCGGGAUGCUGUUACCAUGGCUCGUAUCGAGGCUGCUCAGCAGCAGUACCAGAUCCACAAGGACAAAUAUGAACGUCUUCGCAAUGAUGUCACCAUCAAGCUCAAGUUCCUGGAAGAAAAUAAGGUAAAAGUGAUGCACAAGCAACUUCUGCUGUUCCAUAAUGCCAUCUCUGCCUACUUUGCUGGAAACCAGCAGCAGUUGGAACAGACCCUCAAGCAGUUCAACAUUAAACUCAAACCACCAGGGGCCGACAAACCGUCUUGGCUGGAAGAACAGUGAAAGUGCCCAUUCACGCCUGAUUUCCUGAUAUAUGUCUUUAGCCAAUCAGAGAAACACAGUAGGACCACAAGAGACCAGCAAUCUGAGAUGCUAGCAGAGACGGGGGUACAACAGAGCCUCUUUCCACUAUACUUCUCUUCCUUGAUUCUUCUCCUCCUAUUCUUGCUCUGAGACAAGUGUCAAGUGUCUGAAUAGUCACCUCUGGUAUGUAACCAGUCCCAAAGUGUCCAAUCAAAUGUCAAAGAUAUCAGUUUAAGCUUCAUCCCUAUACAUAUCAUUAAACCAGAUGAAACAAUCCUUCUGAAAUGUCAGUCAGAACAACUAUUUCUUUUCAAGACUGUUCUCAAUAUUGCUCACACUCGUCACACACACACACACUUUCUCUCUGUCAGUGAACACAUUUUAAGGAACAUUUUCCUUUUGUUUUUCUGUGAAAAGUUUUUCUUUUUUCUGUAUUGUAGAUUUGGUAUUGUAGCUGAUGGGGGAUUCAUAUCAUUCCUAUCACAGAGCUUUCAGUGUUCAGUGUCGGUGGGUCUAACUAAAACUAAAAGUAAUUUUAUUUGGAUAAAAUCCAGAUAUGAGUUAUCUGGUAUUAGUAUUGCAUCCUUGUAUGUUUACUAGGCCAUGAGAAUACUGUCAAUGCUUGUCUCUCUUUGAAAUACAUGAAAUAUUACAUUUAAUGUCUUAAAAUGAGCUGCUCAUUUUAAGCUUUUUAGCCUCAAAUUAAUAAUUCUUUGACAUAUGUUAUGGAAUGAAUUUCAGCACAUGUGGGUGCAGUUUCCUGCACAUUUUAACAAAGGCCAGAAUGGAAGAUGAAUCUAAAUAUCACCGUCUUUUGUCAAUAUUGUUACAUUUGCUUUACAGCUUUGAAUAGUUGAAACAUGAUUGUUUUCUUGAAGGGAGAGGAGAGUCAUUUUUAUUUCGACAAUUAUAGUUUAUUGUAGUAUUAUGUACCAAUGCAUAAUACUGUAUCAUUUUAUAGGUUUGUUACAAUUAUUUUAAGUUAAUAAUCACCAGUUAAUCAAGGAAGUGUAUGUAUGAAUUGUAUCUGAUUGGUUUAACAUGGGUCAGUGAUUAAUGCCCACUAUGAUCUGCCUCUUUAUCUAAUGAAAUGUGCAUUAGAGUUUAUGUGUUCUGUUAGCAUCAGCAAAGCCCUAAUAUUCCCUUAUUAUGCAUACAAAUGCCACCUUAGAAAUGUUCGGAUGCACCCUGUUUAAUGCCUUUAUUUGCCUUUUUUUUUAGCAAAACUAAAUAUUUUUUUCCCCAAAGAAAGAUUUAUGUACAUAUUAAUAUCAUAGUUGGAUUUUUUGCUUUAUGUCAUAAUACUACUAAUAUUUUAUUUCGUUAACCCUCAAUGUUCACGGGAAAUGUAGUACAAAAUCAAAUAUAUUUAAAAAAAAUAAUAUUUCAAAAUAUUUGCUUUUUUAUUUGUGUCUUUUUAUUUGUGAUGUGAUGGUAUACUGUCUUGUUUUUUUUUCACCUAAAAUAUCUACAGUAAGCUAUAGCCUUGAUGCAGUGAUAAUGGGGUUAAAUUCAGACUGUCAAAUUAGUUUGCCAGUUAUUUAUUUCAUUACAUAAGACUGAAAUAACGACUAUGAUCUAAUGUUCAGAACUUUUGAACAUUGCACUAAAUCUUUCUAAGCUUGAGACGAAGCAAUACUGAAGAUGUUUCUAGAAAGUAUAUUCCCAUGUAUGCCUGGAUUGGCUGUUCUCUGUGUGUUUUUACAUGUUUUACAGUUCUGAUGAAAUAGUUGUACAUUUCCAUCUAAUUCAUUCCUGUUCAAUGCUUCAGUAAAACACUACAUGGGUAAUAGUGCAGAAAAAUAUUGUUUCUAGGAAAAAAAGAGAAAGGUUACUCAUGAAUGUUAAAGAAUGCUUGAAAUUUAGUUUGAAUGUCGUGUAACCUAGUGAUUUUUUUUUUAAAUUGCCUUUUACAUUUUGUUUUGUAAAGGCCACUGUCACCUCAGAAGAAAAAAAUUGUCAGAUGUUUUUUAUACCAAUUAUUUUGUUUGUUACAUCCUGUACAGUUGUCGGGCAGCAGAGACGGGACUGUGUGUGAUUAUUUUCUUGUUGAGAGCUGGAGAAAAGGAUUCCCUCUCGUGCCAUAGAGACUGCACUGAUCCAUGAAGUGAAAGACAUUUGUUCCAGAGCAAUAGGAUUUUAAAUUUAGACCUCCUCAACACUAAACCUGGAUAUUGAUGAUUUUAUUUUGAUGACGUGUUUGGUAUUGAAAUGGUCACUCCAUUAGUCAUCCUAGUUUAGCAUAGCAGAAUGAAAGGGUUAUAAAUAUUACCAUAUUUAUGUACAAUCAAUAUUUUAGGCUGCUUUGUAGUAUUGUAGUGUAUGAAUGAUUGUAUAUAUGUAAAGAUAAUUAAGACAGAUUUUGAAACUGGAAGCUUAUGAUGUUAGCCUUUGCUCCUGGCUUUGACCAAACCUUUGACCGACAAAUGUACAAGAACCCACCAGAUAAAAUUUGAAAAGUUUGCAAAAA